GUCUUGGGGCCCCAAGCCGGAAGCCUCCCCUACCCGGUCCCCGGCAGGGGAAGGGGCGGGCACAGGCAGCAGCAGCUCGGAAGAUGCACGCGGGGCUCCUGGGGCUCUCUGCCCUGCUGCAGGCGGCCGAGCAAAGCGCGCGUGAGUGCGGCGCAGCCCGCGAGUGCUCACCCCUCUAAUACCCCACUCCACCCCAGUGUGCGGGGCACACCUGCUACCGCUACAUCCCUCUCCGCCCGCCGGCAGACUGGCAGCAGACACUGCGCCAGUGCACUCACAGUUGCUCCCCCUCCUAGCCUGCAGAGCACUCCCCGCGUGAUCCCCUCACCAUGCAUGAUUUCCUCCACCCAAUUAGACAUCCCUCCAUGCAUGGAUCCUCCCCAUACUCCAAUCCCCGAGUCCUGAAUCCUUUCCCGCUCCUCCCGCUGGUGCUCUGCAAAGAGCUGCAUGAGGAGUCUACUUGGGAGAGCCAGCACUUGGCCUCUGCUCCAUAGUUUACUACUUUGCCACAGGUCGUCUCUUCUGGGGGUGGCUGGCCCUUUCUGUCCUCCUGCCUGGCUUCUUGGUCCAGGCCCUGAGCUUUCUGUGGUUUCAAGCAGAUGGGCAUCAGGGUCCCUGGUGGCUGGCAGUGCUGCAUCUUCUGCAGCUUGGCGUCUGGAAGCGGCACUGGGACUCUGUGGCAAUGGCCCUGUGGAAGGGGAAGGAGGCUCCCAGCUGGGGACAGCUGCACCUGCAGGAGGCUGACCUGUCAGCCCUGCGGCUCCUGGAGGCUCUGCUGCAGACAGGGCCCCACCUGCUGCUUCAGGUGUACGUGUUCCUGGCCUCUGACUUCACAGACGUCGUGCCAGGAAUCAGCGCCCUGCUUUCCUGGUCUUCACUGUCCUGGGCUCUCGUGUCAUACAACCGUUUCCUGGGCAUCAUGAAGCCAGGCCACCGUACCAUGCUGUGGGCUGCUCUCUUGUGCCAGCAGCUCUGGAGGAUGGGCAUGCUGGGUGCUCGUGUGCUGACCCUGGUUCUGUUCUGCAGAGUUUACCGUGUUUGGGUUUUGGUGGUCGGAGGUGCUCACUGGCUGGUGAUGACUUUCUGGCUUGUAGCCCAGCAGAGCGACAUUGUGGAGAGCACCUGCCACUGGAGACUGUUCAAUCUGCUGGUGGGGGCCGUGUUCAUCCUCUGCUACAUCAACUUCUGGGACAGCCCUUCCAGAAGUAGGAUGGCCAGCUUCUACUUGGUCAUGCUGCUGGAGAACUCCAUACUCUUACUACUGGCCACUGACUUUCUGCAGGGAGCACCAUGGACCAGCCUGUGGACUGUGGUGGGGGUCUUGUCUGGAUUUCUGAUUGGGUGUGCAUCAUUGGUUGUUUAUUAUAGCCUACUACACCCUAAGUCCUCGGACAUCCAGGAGAACUUCAUGAGGAAAUGCUGUGGCCCCAUAGAAAAUAACAAAUCUGACUCAGAGCCUCCUCCCAGAGCCAUGGUUCCCACAGGGGAGAGGCCAGACAGCUCAAGCUGGUGCCAAGAGAAAAGCUAUGAGCUAACAAGUCUAGAUAAGGCCCCCAGCCCAGGGAAGAGUACUGCGGAGUUACGGCUGGAGGAGCAGAGAUCUGGGGAAGACUCUUUCUUUAGCCACCACCACUGGCUGUUGCUGAAACUCGCUCUCAAGACAGGAAGUAUAUCUAAGAUCAACGCAGCCCUCGGAGGUGACAGCCCUGGCUGCUCCUGUCCCCCCAGGUUGGGGUCGAGUCAACACUGUGAUCUGCAGAGGAAACCCCUGUUUUCCCAGCAAGACCUCCCAUCCUCUCCUCGUGACCCUUUGACCUUGGAGAAAGGGCCUGAGUACGUAGGAGCUCCGAAAGCAGAAAUGGAGUCACUGGAAACUUCGAGCUAUAUCUCCUUUGCCAGUGACCUCGAGGACAAUGCAACAACCCAGAAGCCACCAGCUACACAGGAGGACAGUCCAAAGGCUGGGACCAAGGCUGACCUGGCAGCUCAGGGGAAGGAUACAGAUGGUCCCCUGAAGGGGAAGGAAGGACAGGAGAGCACAACACUGUAUUUCAGUGCCACCAUGGACAGGACCACAUGCCACCAAAAGGGCAGCCCAGUAGCUCUGCGGACAUCCCACUUGGGGACUUUGGGAGAAAGCAGACCUGUGCAGCCUGCACUGCCUCAGGCAGUCACUAAGCCCUUUCCUGUUGCCUUGGCCAACAUUAGUCCCAUUCCAGGCAGAAACUUCUGCCCCGAUGCAGGGCUCCCUGGAAGAGCCCCAGAGAGUUCAGAGUGGGAGGAGUGGGAGGACCCUGCUAAGAACCCGAGUACACAGAGCUCAUUGCCAAAGGUGAGGCUGAGGGCUGCGGAAGAGCCCUGUGUCACGUCUACCCCUAAGUCGGAGUCUAUCCAAAGGGACUACAACUGCAGGGACAGGGUGAAGCAGGAGGUGAGUUUUUUCAUCUGACCCUAGCCAUGGUAGAAUAAGACAACAGGUUAAUAUAUCAACAUCGUGGGAAGAGAAAUCCUACACGGGACCAUCCGUGUCCCUCUACUUCUGAUACCUGAAAAGAUGAAGGCAUGGGAUUGGAUAGUGUCUAAAACUCCCUCCUACAUGUCACACAUCACACGUAGCACUGAUGCACAGCAAAACUCACGGGCAGUGGGGAGAGGCAAAGGGGCUUCCAGGUCCCUCUGUGAGCUUCUUGAACGCUAGCGCGUCUCUUCGUGGCUUCUAAAAAAAUGCAGAGGUAAAACUCAGGAAUCCAAUUGCAUCCUGGGUCCUUUAUAAUCAACGGUUCCUCACAUUGGAUGGUUAUUCUUCACUAAUUUUUUAAUGAUUUUGGGGACGGAGGAGAUGGCCAGCAGUUAAGGCAGCUGCCUGCUCUUCCAGUGGACCCAGGUUCAAUUAAUUCCCUGUACCUAUUUGGCAGCUCAUAGCCACGUGUGACUUCUGUCCCGGAGAGACAACAGUCUCUUCCGGCCUCUGUGGGCACUGCACACGCAUGAUUCACAGCCAUAUAGGCAGGCAGAAUACACCUACGCCUAAUAUUUUUAAAAAUAAAAGCGUGUUUCCCCAUA